CCGAGUUCACGGCGGAGGCGAAGAGGCUGGCGAAGACGUACACGGAUGCCGACGCGGCGUACGGCGAAGAGGAUGACGACGCGGACGACGCAUCGACCGCGGACGACGACGGCCUCUCGGAGCCCGAGACCACGCUGCUCGUGGCGCCGAACGUGCGGGAGAUGGGGGAAGAUUUCAUCCUCUUCCUCGCGAUCGUCGAGCGAUGCGACGCGAUCCUGGAGGAGCUCGACCUCGUGGGGUACAUCCAGCUGGCGACGUUCCACCCGCACUACCAGUUCGAGGGCGAGGAGGUGGCGGACCCGGGGAGCUACACCAACAGGUCGCCGUACCCGACCGUGCACUUACUCAGGGCGGUUGACGUGUCCAGAGCCGUGGAUGCGCACCCGGAUACCGAGUCGAUCCCGGUCCAGAACGUCGAGAAACUCCGUACCAUCGGCCGCGAACGGCUGUACGAUACCCUUCAGUCGCUGACUGCACUGCGGGUGGACGCAACGACGGAGACGAAAUCGUCGAACGGGGCACGGGUGGCGAGGGCGAAGGCGGCGGCGGAGAAGGCGGUUAAUGGGGACGAAAUCGCCAAGACUCUGUUCGAGACGACGGACGUGGACCGCGCCAAGUCGCAGGUGCUCCGUUUCUUGAACUAUAAACCCAGGACCCGCGCGGAGUUACGGAAGAAGCUCAUCGACGAUAAGCUGUACGACCCGGCGGUCGCGGACGAGGCGCUGGAUCACCUGCAGCGGACGGGGGUUCAAUCGGACGUGGACUACGCCGAGCAGUUUGCGCGGAUGAAGUGGCGAACGUCAAAGUGGGCACCCGCGCAGAUCCGCGUCGAGCUCAAGCGGCGAGGGAUUGACGAGAGGGACGCGCGCGAGGGUCUGACGAGGGUGUUCGGCGACGACGUCAACGCGGUGGGGGAGAGCGGCGGGUACGUGCGACGCGGAACGGUGUUCGAGGUGCGCGAAGAGGCGAGAGCCGCGGGUGCGGAGAGCGCCGACGACGACAAGAGUUACGAACUCUUCCUCGCGUCGCGGAAGCGGUGGGCGCUGAGUGGCGGGAUGGCGCCGGAGAAGAGACGAAGGCGGCUGGUCGGGUGGUUGCAACGGCGCGGGCACGCGAUGUCGCUGAUUCAGAGGAUAAUGGACUCCCUGGAGGCUGAGGACGAGAGGGCAAAGUACGAGUGAAGGGGCGGAAAAACCGCCGCCGCUCAGCCCCGAAUAUGAUGAGUAUCGUCGCUCGAGCCGUUCA